AUAGACAAAGCUGUGGUAGUAAACUAAAAAGAGCGAAAGAAAGAAAGAAAGAAAGAAAAAACAAAAAGCAGGGAGAGCUUUCUUCAAUGAAGAAACAAGGCUGUGAGAUUGAAGUUGUUGGCAUCAAUUACAAGAUCUAUAGACAAAAGAGACAGAACCCUUUUAAAAUCUUCAAAAAAAACCAGCAAGAAGUGGCUGAUCAAGAACUAAAACAACAACAGCCAUCAUCCCAGUUUCAAGAUGCAUGUCCUGGGAUCAGACAUGUCCUAAAGGAUGUAAACUGCAAAGCCAAACCAUGGGAAAUCCUCGCCAUUGUUGGUCCAAGUGGAGCAGGGAAAUCUUCCUUGCUUGAAAUCCUUGCUGGGAAAUUCACCCCACAAAGUGGUUCCAUUCUCGUCAACCAAAGCCCCAUCGAUAAAGCUCAGUUCAGGAAAAUCUCUGGCUAUGUUACCCAAGCUGACAAUCUUUUUCCCCUCCUUACAGUUGAAGAAACCCUCAUGUUUAGUGCCAAGUUACGUUUAAGGCUUCCUCAAGCUCAGUUGAGUAGUAGGGUUAAGUCCUUGAUCCUGGAACUUGGACUAGAGCAUGUAGCCAUGGCUCGAGUUGGUGAUGAUCGGGUUCGUGGGAUAUCUGGUGGUGAAAGACGACGGGUUUCUAUAGGUGUAGAUGUGAUUCAUGAUCCCAAAGUGUUGAUUCUUGAUGAACCAACUUCAGGUCUUGAUAGUACGUCUGCACUUCAAAUUAUUGAUAUGCUCAAGGUCAUGGCUGAAACCAGGGGAAGAACGAUAAUUCUCAGUAUUCACCAGCCUGGUUUUCGGAUUGUUAAGUUAUUCAGUUCGAUGCUUUUGAUGGCUGAUGGCUCGGUUUUACAUCAUGGAACAGUGGACCAGCUUGGUGCAAAUUUGAGGGGAAUGGGAUUACAGCUUCCUCUUCAUGUCAAUAUCGUUGAAUUUGCUAUAGAAUCUAUUGAAACCAUUCAACAGCAACGAAAAGGACAGCUUCAAGUGCAAGAACAAGGAUUUUCAGCCCCACCACCACAAAAGACAGGUGAAGAAGGUGAGAGCAGAAGUGGUAAGUUCACCCUUCAACAGCUUUUUCAACAAUCCAAGGUCGUUGAUGAAGAAACAAUGAAUGUUGGGAUUGAUUUCCCUAGAGAUUUCGCCAAUUCAAGGUUGAAAGAAACCAUGAUUCUCACCCAUAGGUUCUCCAAAAACAUAUUCAGAACCAAGGAGUUGUUUGCUUGUAGGACAAUCCAAAUGCUGAUUUCAGGGCUUGUUUUAGGCUCUAUCUUUCACAAUGCCAAAGAUGAUCUCAGCGGAGCAGAAGAAAAAGUGGGUCUAUUUGCAUUUAUAUUAACAUUCUUGCUUUCAUGCACCACAGAAGCAUUACCAAUCUUUUUACAAGAAAGGGAGAUUCUAAUGAAAGAAACCUCGUCUGGAAGCUAUAGAGUUUCAUCCUACGCCAUUGCUAACGGGCUUGUAUAUCUACCCUUCCUUCUCAUCCUAGCCGUUUUAUUCUCAACACCAUUGUACUGGUUGGUAGGACUAAACCCAAAUUUCAUGGCAUUCAUGCACUUCCUGCUACUCAUUUGGUUAAUUCUCUACACAGCAAAUUCAGUCGUAGUAUGUUUCAGUGCUCUAGUACCAAACUUCAUAGUCGGAAACUCAGUGAUAUCCGGCGUGAUGGGGUCAUUUUUUCUCUUCUCGGGAUACUUCAUAUCAAAACAUGGGAUUCCAAAGUACUGGAUUUUCAUGCAUUACAUAUCAUUGUUCAAGUAUCCAUUCGAAGGGUUUCUAAUAAACGAGUUCUCAAAAUCAGGGAAGUGCCUGGAAUACAUGUUGGGAAGCUGCCUGGUGACGGGAGAGGCAGUGUUAAGAGAAGAAGGGUAUGGGGAAGAAAGCAGGUGGAGGAAUGUGCUGAUAAUGGUGUGCUUCAUCUUGGUUUACAGGUUCGUUUCUUAUGUCAUUCUUAGAUGUAGAUGCUCACAGAGGGGCCUGAGGGCAUCACUUUCAUGACCUCUAAUUAAUUCUCUCUCACUCACGUGAAUGUCGACAACAUGGUUCACAUGAUUUUGGAACUACAUAAGAUAGAAAGGCCAAAAGGACAAAAACAAAACUGUUUGUAUUGUAAUUUGUAACAGAAUAUUAUUAUAAGGAAAAUAAAUGUAUUAAUCUACCUGCAAAUUGUUCUAA